AUGCAGGAAGCAACUGGAGUCCUGAAGGAGGGCUUUCUCGUCAAACGGGGUCAUGUUGUUCGUAACUGGAAAGUAAGAUGGUUCGUUCUACUUCAGGAUAAGCUGCUGUAUUACAAAAUUGAAGGAGGCAAAAAGGAACCUUCUCCAAAGGGCAGGAUCCUUUUGGAUGGCUGCACUAUUACUUGUCCAUGCCUGGAAUACGAGAACAGACCGCUACUCAUCAAACUAAAGACAAAAACCAAUACAGACUAUUUCCUUGAAUGUUGCUCCAGGGAGGAGCGAGACUCUUGGGCUUUGGACAUCACUGGAGCUAUUCAUGCCGGUCACCCAGUACAGGUGCAAGAGCUCCACAGAAUGAAGAACUCUUUCAAACUGCUAGAGAAUAUCAGCCUCCACCACAUAGUGGAGAGAAUGUGUGACAGCAGUACUGGAAUUAAGCUGACCCGCAACUUGCAGCAAGGCAAAGGAUACAAAGAGACCUUCACAGGUUCUGCCCUGGUGGACUGGCUCAUCUCCAAUAGCUUUGCUGUGUCACGAUUUGAGGCCAUCACCUUGGCAUCCAUGCUGAUGGAGGAGAACUUCAUCAAGCCCGUGGGAGCCCGCAGCACUGAGGCUACACGCUACAGUGACCUCUCUGAGCAGUUCCUUGACGACUCCACUGCACUGUACAUGUUUGCUGAGAGCAGUAAUAAAAAUAUCAGUUCCAAGGAAGAGCUACAAUUUAACAUCUCUGAAUUAAGCGGCACAAUUGUGAAGCAAGGAUUCUUAGUGAAACAGGGGCACAAGAGGAAAAACUGGAAGGUGAGGAGAUUUGUUUUGAGAGCUGAUCCUGCUUUUUUGCACUACUAUGACCCCACUAAGGAAGAAAACAGGCCAGUAGGUGGAUUUUCUCUUCGUGGCUGUCUUGUCUCAGCUCUGGAGGACAAUGGAGUCCCAGCAGGAGUGAAGGGCAAUGUGCAAGGCAACCUUUUCAAAAUCAUCACAAAAAAUGACAUUCAUUAUUAUAUCCAAGCCAGCUCCAAGGCAGAGCGAGCACAGUGGAUUGAGGCAAUCAAACCACUGACAUGAGUAAGGUGGACUCCAUGCCAAAUGACAAGUCACACUGUGACCAAGUUUCCUGCUCUCAUUAUCUGGGAGUGUUG